GUGGUCACUUCACGUGGAAUAAUAGAAUUUCGUGGGUGGGGGAUAGUCCCACUAAUUGUUACAGCUAAGUGAUGGAAUGAUAACGUUAUUGUUAAUAAAAUGUGAGUGCGAGUGAGUGGAGGAACUGUUGAUGCACUGGACGUUUGAUUUAUGAUGGCAUUGAGGAAAUUGAGGGGCGCCCUCGCUGCCUGCAUCUUGUGCACUCUCGCCGCAUCUUUCGCCCAUGGCUCACCAACUCUGCUGUUCACCACGAACAAGGACAUACGAGUUGCGAACACAUCCCGAGGUAACAAGGUAAUAACAGUAGUUAAGGAUCUGAAUCAAGGUGCAGCUCUCGAUUUUUUCUGGGAGCGAAGACUGGUCUGUUGGUCAGACAGUGGCCUGGAGAUGAUUCAGUGUGUGAAGACCAACGGAACUCACUCGGGUGAUCGAAUAACAGUCGCCAAUACGAGUCUGAUAUCCCCAGAUGGUCUAGCCUGUGACUGGUACACAGGAAAGCUAUACUGGACUGACGGUGAAAAGAAUCGAAUUGAAGUGACAAGUAUAGACGACGAUAAACAACGAAAAGUGUUAUUCUGGACAGAUAUCUCUGAGCCAAGAGCAAUAGCCCUGGUGCCCAUGAGAAGUCUCAUGUUCUGGACAGACUGGGGCGAUGUCCCCAAGAUCGAGAGAUCCUCGAUGGACGGCAAUCCUGAGAGCCGAAGGGUCAUCGUCUCUGACGAUAUAUUCUGGCCAAAUGGAUUGACGAUAGAUUAUGACAACGAGCUAGUGUACUGGGCUGACGGAAAACUCAAAUUCAUAGCUGUGAUGGAUUACAAUGGAAAGAACAGGAGAAAAAUUGUGAAAGAGGGAUUGGCCUAUCCGUUUGCAAUCUCAUUCUUCGAUCAGAAGCUUUACUGGACCGACUGGAAGACCUUCUGCAUUCACUCGCACGAGAUCAGGUCUACGACAACUCAAUCACCACCUCGUGAACUCAUUAACGGUGAGUACAUACCAGGUGACAUCGAGGUGUGGGAUCCCAGGAGGCAGCCGUACUCUGACCAUCCGUGUCGACACAACAAUGGCAAUUGCUCGGAUCUGUGUUUACUCAGCACUGAUUCACCUGGUUACAGCUGUGCUUGUCCCACUGGGGUCAAGCUGAUUGAUAAUUACACGUGUGCAAAGAGACCUGAGGAGUUACUCCUCAUUGUUCAACGCAAUGAGAUCUGCAGGCUCUCCCUCGAUUCCCCUGAUUACACCAAUUUCGUUCUACCAUUGACCGGAAUAAAGCACGCAAUUGCCAUUGAUUUUGAUCCUGUUGACGAGAUGCUGUAUUGGACUGAUGAGAAGGCUCGAGCUAUUAGACGGGCGUAUUUGGAUGGCUCUGGGCAGGAGGACAUCGUUACCACUGAGGUCACCAAUCCUGAUGGCAUUGCCAUUGAUUGGAUCGCCAGGAAUAUGUACUGGACGGACACAGGUACCGAUAGAAUCGAGGUCGCUAGACUCAAUGGCACGAGCAGGAGAGUUUUAAUUAAUGAAGAUCUGUUGGAACCGAGGGCUAUUGCCCUGGCGCCUCAGCUCGGUUGGAUGUUCUGGACGGAUUGGAACGAGAAACGACCGAAGAUUGAACGGAGCAAUCUCGAUGGGAGUGAACGAAUUCUUCUUAUCAGUAAAGACAUUGUUUGGCCAAAUGGCAUAGCCCUCGAUCUUGAAAGGAAAAAAAUCUACUGGUGUGAUGCCAAGAUGGAUAAAAUCGAGGUGUGCAAUAUGGAUGGAUCAGACAGACGUGAAGUCAUCACCGACAAUCUUCCCCAUCUGUUUGGACUGAGUCUUCUUGGUGAUUACCUGUACUGGACUGAUUGGCAGAGACGAAGUAUCGAUCGCGCCCAUAAACUCACUGGAUCCGAUCGUGAAGUUAUCGUCGAGCAGGUGCCCAAUGUCAUGGGUGUUAAGGCUGUCCACCUGGGGUAUAUCGAUGGUACGAAUCCCUGCGCCAGGGACAACGGUGGCUGCAGUCACCUGUGCCUGAACAAACCAGGUGACAACUACGUUUGCGCCUGUCAAAUUGGAUACGAGCUGACCAAAGACAAGAAAACGUGUGUUGUCCCCGAUGCAUUUUUAUUGUUUUCGAGGAAGGAUAACAUCGGGAGAAUCAGCAUUGAAAAUGCCAACAAUGAUAACAUUAUACCGGUCACUGGAGUCAAAGAGGCGAGUGCAUUGGACUUUGAUAUUGCACACAGUAGAAUUUAUUGGACUGACGUCAAGGUGAAAGCGAUUACUCGGGCAUUUAUCAAUGGAUCUGAUGUGGAGAGAAUUGUGGAUCUGGGGCUGGAGACACCCGAGGGAUUGGCGGUCGAUUGGAUAUCGCAGAAUCUGUAUUGGAGUGACACAGGGACGAGGAGAAUUGAAGUGAUUAGACUCGAGGGAUCCAGCAGGAAAGUUCUGAUUUGGCAGGAUCUCGUUGAGCCGAGAUGCCUCACACUUGAUCCUGGGAGGGGGCACAUGUACUGGAGUGAGUGGGGAAAGUCUGGUAGUAUUGAGAGGGCGGGGCUGGAUGGAAGUGCGAGACAAGUGAUGAUAUCAAAUAUUGGGAAGACACAUGGGCUCACAAUCGAUCAUUCAGCGAAUAAAUUGUACUGGGCUGAUCUCUUCACUCCGGCUAUCGACAGUUUCGAUCUUAAAACGUCAAAAAGACGUGCUGUCAUCAAACAGGAUAUUGUCUAUCCAUUUGGAAUAACUCAGUAUUUGGAUUAUAUUUAUUGGACUGAUUGGAAUACCGGGGACAUCGAGAGGGCGAAUAAAACCACCGGAGCAAAUCGCACGAAAAUUCAUAAUAAAUUGGAAUCCGUUACUGAUAUACUAGUUUUUCAUGCGUCAAGACAAGCUGGCUGGAAUCCCUGUGCUCUCAAUAACGGCGAGUGCAGUGAUAUUUGCAUUGCACUACCCGAUACUGGUGGCAAUCCAUCGCAAUUGUACAAAUGCACUUGUCCCACCCACUACACUAUCGCUGCCGAUAAUAAAACGUGUAUUGCCCCAAAAAAUUUCAUGGUAUACAGUCUGCGAAAUGUAAUGGGUAGAUUUAUUCCGGACGUGGAUGACUGUCCAGACGUUGUUCUUCGAGUCCAGGGAAUACGAAACGUGAGAGCAAUAGAAUUCGAUCCAAUAACUCAACACAUAUACUGGAUUGAUGGUCGUACAAUGUCCGUUCGUAAGGCCUUAGAAAAUCGAACUCACGCAUCGGUGGUAAUCCCGGGUGGUACGGGCUCUCAUCCCUUUGAUCUCGCUCUCGAUCCACUCGGUCGUCUUCUCUUUUGGUCGUGCACAGAGAACGAUGCGAUAAACGUCACAAGAUUGGAUAACGGUUCAUCCCUGGGAGUUGUCGUCAAAGGGGAGAGUGAAAAGCCCAGAAAUAUAGCGGUCCAUCCGGAGAGACGUCUUCUAUUCUGGACCGAUGUGGGUGCAAAAAUGAGAGUUAUGCAGAGUGCAAUGGAUGGAAAAGAGAGAAUAACAAUAGCCUCGGAUUUGGAGCAGCCAACUGCUCUGGUGGUGGAUACCGUGACAGAUCAGAUAUUCUGGGCUCAUGGGAGGCAGAUUGAAUUUUGUGAUAUUGAUGGAAAAAAUCGGCGUACAUUGGUCUCAGUGGAGGAGCAAAAUUCUAUCGCCUAUCUGUCAACUCUCAACGAUUACCUCUACUGGUUUAACCGUGAGAAUCAGGUAGUGGAGCGAGUGAAUAAAACAUCGGGGACAGGUAGGAGAGCGAUGAUGAAUAAAGUUCUCUCGGAUCUUGUGACAGUGAGAACACCUGAUGAUCACGUUAUGGAGUCCCACGUGUGCAGCCCAUUCAGGGAUUAUGGGGGCUGUUCUCACUUUUGCAUUGGAACUGGUAUCAAUGCCAGAUGCUCAUGUCCACAAUUUCUCGUGCUGUCGGAGGAUGGUAGGACCUGCAGGGCUGCACCAGCUUGUGGUGCUGAUCAUUUCACCUGCGCUGAUUCGACAUCAGCUCUUGCCAAGGACUGCAUACCAGCCACUUGGAAGUGCGAUGGACAGACUGAUUGUCCUGAUGGAAGUGAUGAGCUGGGUUGUCCCGCCUGUGGCCACGAUCAGUUCAGGUGUCAGAGUGGUCAGUGCAUCGAUGUAUCGUGGGUGUGUGAUGGUACUCCACAGUGUCAGGAUGGAAUGGAUGAGGCUCACUGCUGUCAACCUGGACAAUUCAGGUGCACUAUCACUCCAGCUUGCAUUCCUGGUAGUGCACUGUGUGAUGGCUGGGAGAAUUGCGCUGACGGCAGUGAUGAAUCUGCACACGUGUGCACCUCAACUCAUAAUCGGAGGCAGGAGAUUGGACCCACCGUUGAGACUGGAAAAUCGGCAUAUGUUAUCGUUGUUCUUGUCGUUGUUGGGGUAAUGUCUAUUGCUGUACUUGGGUAUUACUACUGCCGAAAGAAACUCGCUGGCAAUGAUGAGCUACCUGACAUUUGUCUACAUGACUCCGCUGGCGAUCCAUUAUCUCCCAAACCUGGCAGGUCUGGUAAACCAGUUUUAAUGCACAAGAAUGGAGUUAAGGAUCUCAAGGCGGGACUCAAGACCAUGAGAAUGUCUACACUUACUGCCAGCAGCAUUGGGUCGAGCUAUGAUCGCAGUCAUAUUACAGGCGCGUCAAGCUCGACUCGGGGUAGCUCUGCGGGUGGUUAUCCCCAGGAGACCCUCAAUCCACCACCGAGUCCAGCAACAACAGCAAACUCAACUCGGUGCUCCAGUAGUAAUGCCUCGCGUUACCGUCCCUAUCGAUACUACCGCAGCAUCAACCAGCCCCCACCGCCCACCCCCUGCAGCACUGACGUCUGCGACGAAUCAGACAGCAAUUAUCCGCAAUUAGCACGGUACAGGUACGGUAGUGAGCCAGGCCCACCACCACCAACACCUAGAUUAGUCUACCACAGUGAUACGGCCUACAGCUGUCCUCCGUCUCCGAGCUCGAGGUCGUCGACGUAUUUCAGCCCACUGCCACCUCCACCAUCUCCUGUACCGUAAGACCAUUAUGGGCUGUCGCUAAAUUCCAGGGAAUUCUCAUGACUUUUCUGGUGAAUGUACAAAAAUCGAAAUCAAAUUUUCGUUUCUUCCCUUUGGUGAAGCAUCAAAAGUAUUCACGGAGAAAAUUCCGAUUUUUUUUUCGAACUUUCGUUUAUUGGAGAGAAGUAUUUUUUAUUUGAAUAUCUUUUUUUUUCCAUCGACGCUUUUUGAUUAGGUUUCAAUUAGAAUGAUUGGGGUAGCAGUAUUUUUUAUUGUGAAUUUUGUAUUUUGUUGGGAGAGAAUUGCAAUGAUUGAGAUUUUGGGGUGAAUAAUUAUUGAGAGACUGAACUGAAUGUUGCACACAUGAUAAUUCUCCAAAAAAUUAUCGAACUAGAAAAAAACGGCGUUGAAACGGGAAAUACUUCUCUGAAGUAAAUGGAUAUUCGACGGAAAUGAUUUUUCUUCUGAAUGUUGAAAAUUGGAGCAUCCCAUAUCGACUCCAAUUUUCCUGUUGCUCUUCUCACCAAUUGAUGUCGAUGUGUCAAUUUCCGUCAAUUUUCAUCCCCUUGAAAUCACUCAAACUUUCACAAAUCUACCUCACGAACACAGGAGUAGAUCUUAAUGCCACAAUUUUUUAUGGCAGUUGUUGAAAGCUGGCGAGACAUAAUUUAAGACGUAAUUUGACAUGGGACGUUCCAAUUGCUAAUUAUUCGAUACUCAAAAAUUGUCCUCCAUUAAUUUUAAGUUUUAUUUUAAUGACAAUGGGUGCUACAAAGAUACGAUAAGUAUCUAAAACAAAACGCAUGAGAGAAAGUGCAAAUAUCUGUUUUAUAGUUGAAUCACAUUCUUGUACAAAGGGAGAAGGAAGUUAACCGUGAGUGCCUAGCGAUCGUGAAACAUAGAUUUUGCAAAUAAUUUAUAAAAUAUGCAAAAUUCCGAUCACGAUACCCUGUAAAUAAUGAACGUGUACAUAAAUUGAGGGGCAAUAGACUAAUUCUCAAUCUAGCACCGUGAAUCCGUGUAAAAAUGUGUACAUGACAGUUUGUUUUUUUUAAUUCAAGAAUAAUUUUUAAGGCAGCCCG